GGGAUGGGGGCCUGGAAUGGGGAUGAGUACCCAGAAUGAGGAUGGGGUCUGGAGCAAAGAUGGGGGCCCAGAACAGGGAUGGGGGCCCAGAACGGGGAUGGGGGCCCAGACCAGGAAUGAGGCACCAGAGCGAGGAUGGGGGCCCAGCUGCUGGCGGCGGGGCAGCCCCUGGCUCUGCUCCCGCUGGCCCCGGGCUGUGCUGGAGCCGCCCCAGAGCUCGGCCAUGGACUCAGACCCGGCCCCGGGGGGCAGCCGGGCCCUGGUGAGCUGCGGGCAGGUGAGGGUGGAGCAAUAGAGGUAUUUUUGUACUCAUGGCUGUGCUCCCCGUUCUUCUCCGAGCUCGGGGUCACCCCCUGCUCCUGCACCCCCAGUGUGACCUGGAGCAGCCCCAGGGGAGGUGACACAGUGCUGGCACCAGGAGGGGACAGGUCAGGAAAUGACUGAGGGCUGAGGGAGAAGCCAAACCCGGCCCUUAUUACACCAAACGCCGCUCCUGUGCCAGCUGGCACCGCCUGGGCACAGCAGGGACCGCUCCCUGCUCCGGGAGGGAUCCCGGGGAUCGCCCCGGCUCCUCAGGAGCUGUCUGGGGUCAGGUCUCACCUGCCCAGGUGGGGGGCACGGGUGUGAACCUCUCCUUGGGUGGGGGACAUGCUGUCCUGGCGCUCCCAAAGCACCGGGGCCAUGUGCCAGGGGCUGCCCCCAGGAGCCCCCAAAUGCUGACCCUGACUGGAAUUGCCCCAGGCUAAGCCAGAGGGGCCUGGACCACCAGGACCAGCCGCUAUUGGCCACCCCUGGGCUGGUGAGGGGGUGGAGAAGUGUCUGGAGCAAAUCCUGCGGGCUUUGGGAUGAGGUUUCCCGGGAAAACCUGCCAGGGAGUGAGGAAGAGGAGGCAGAGCCUGGUGGUGCCCAAGAGGGACCCUCCCUGGUACUCCAUUAUUUCCCUGAAAAUGCCCCUGCUCAGUAACCAGGCAGGGUCCAGGACUGGAACAUUUUCCAUCAGGCUUGGCUGGGCUGAGCCCGGGCAGGGAAGGGGCUGUGAUCCCCCCCAGGCCUGGCCUGAGCCCCCCAGGGCCGUGGAGGGUCCCUGGAGCAGCCCUGGGCUCACCCCGGGAGUGGGACCAGGCUGGGGUAACCCCAAAACCUCUCCCCGGGGUUGUGGUGGAGUUUUGGAUUGUCCUGGAGCACCUGGAGGCUCCAAUGAGGCUGAUCUGUGCCGAGGGGGGGUCACAACCUCCACAGCUGAGUUAGGAGAGCUCAUUAUCCCCAAUUAACUCUGCUCCCCGUUCACACCAGUCUCCCCGAGCGCAAGGCCCAGUUAGGGACCCGGCUGUGCCCCCGGUGCCAGUUCUGGGGGGGUGGGCAAAGCCCCCCACGGGAGCCUCCCCCCACAGCCACGGCCAGCCCCGGGGGUCAGGCCCGGGAGCUGUGGAGCAACCCCGGGAUUCUGGAUUUACCAGCCCUCCUCCCACUGCGGGCAGCCUGUAAUUAGCCGUGCUCUUAAUGAGUUUUGGGGAAGUUUGGGUGCAGCCUGCCCGUGCAGCCCUCGCUGCCAUCACGCCCCUCCCUCCCUCCCUCCCUCGCUCCCCCCACGGGACCCACAAAUAGCAUUUGGGGAGCUCCGGCAUUCCCCACCCACUCCCGGGACUCCCGAAGCGCCUCCCGAGGGACGAUGGAGCCCUGGAUCCUCCUGCUCGGGGCAGGAAUCGCCCUGGGCUGCGUGUCCGGCCGUGAGUAUCUGUACACAGCCCCCGACUCGUGCGAGGGCCGCUGUGGGGAGCCCUUCAGCGAGGAGGACGAGUGUCAUUGUCACGCCGAGUGUGUGACACAGCACAACUGCUGCGAGGACCACGAGAGGCACUGCGGGCCCGGUGGGGAAGGCGCCGAGGACAGAGCUCGAGCCCGGGACGGGUUCUCCAGCAGCCGCGAUUCCAUCACGGACCAGGAGCUGCUGGAGCUCUCGGAGCAGCUUUAUGGGGCGGAUCACAACAAAGCCCGGCCCAGCGACAUCGCCAUCAAUCCGCAGCACCUGGCGGGCCCCGACGAGACUGGGGACAAACAGGACCGGUCCCCGCAGCCGCUCUACAAAUACGUGAACGAGGAGCUCUUCUCCAAGCCCACCUAUGCCAGCUUCAUUAAGCUGCUGGAUAAUUACCAGAGGGCCACGGGCAGGGAGGAGAAGGUGACGGCCGAGGAGCUGCGGGAGCAGGAGCGUUUCCUCGAGGAGGUGAUGAAAACGGAGCUCAUGAAGAAACUCUUUGUCUUCCUGCAGGGGAAAAACCGCUACAGCUCCCAGCAGGAGUUCCUGCAGGAUCUGAAGCAGAUGUGGUUCGGUCUCUACUCCCGAGGGGAUGGAGAACAGGAUUCCAGCGGCUUCGAGCACGUGUUCUCAGGUGAGGUGAAAAAGGGGAAAGUGUCUGGAUUUCACAACUGGAUCCGCUUCUACCUCCUGGAAAAGCAGGGGGUCGUCAACUACUUCAGCCACAACUUCAACGGGCCGUGGGACUCGUACCCCGACGUGCUGGGGCUCCAGUUCAGCUGGGACGGCUUCUACAAGGAGGUGGGCUCGGCUUUCAUCGGCUGCAGCCCCGAGUUCGAGUUCGGCCUCUACUCCCUCUGCUUCCUCGCACGGCCUGGCCGGGCAUGCCACCUGAGCCUGGGCGGGCACCGCCUCAGCGUCCAGACCUACCCCUGGACCAAGUCCACCUACGGCAGCGGCAGGAGGUUCAUCGCCACCGCCUACGUGAUGUCACCCUGAGGGGGGCACGGCUGGAGGGGGGCGAGCUCUGGGGCCGCCCCCGCGCUGCUCGGGGCCGCUCCAGCCGCGGGACGGGAGCGGCCGCGCUGCGGGCCCGGCCCGGGGGCCUGGAGGGGCUUGGGAGGGGCGGCGGGGGCCGAACCCUACGGGCAGGGGACGAGGGGACACUCCCAGACCCCGCCGCGUGUGGGGGGCCCGGGCUCGGCAGAAGAGCGGCGGGAAGCGAAGGAUUUGGCACGGAAAGGAGGAUCCUGAGCGGAAUAAACACUGCCCUGGCUGGAGGAGCGCUGGGUUCUGGGAGCAGCAGCUCUCCUUUAUCCAC